AUGUUUCUCACCUCCGGACGCGACGCACUGCAAGAUGCGCUGCCCGAUGCGCCGCAAGACGCGCUGCCUGAUGCGCCGCAAGACGUGCUGCCCGACGCGCCGCAAGACGCGCUGCCCGACGCGCCACAAGACGUCCCACACGACAAGCUGCAGGCCCCGACGCACUGCAAGACAGCCGCACGACACGCUGCACCGCACGACACGCUGCACGACACGACAUGCCGCAGGAUACCCCACAAGAUGCACGGCCUGACACGCUGGUCAACGCGCUGGCCGACACGUUGGCCAUUGCAAGAUGCGCUGUCCGACGCGCUGCCCGACGCGCUGCCCGACGCGCCGCAAGACACGCUGCCCGACGCACCGCAAGACGCGCUGCCCGAUGCGCUGCAAGACGCGCCGCAAGACGUCCCACACGACAAGCUGCAGGCCCCGACGCACUGCAAGACAGCCGCGUGA